AUGGCCGACAGCAGCAAAAAUCAUCGCCAGGGCGACCACUCUCGAGACGAUCGAUCGCGCUCUCCACGCCGAAACCACUCUCAUUCGCAUCGAACGCGCUCUCCUCAUUCCAGACAUCGUCAAAAGCGCAAGCACUCCCCGAAUAUCACCGCCAAAGACCUGCCCUUCAAUUCGCGACAAUUAGUGAAACGCGAUUACGAUGCAUUCAAACCGAUGUUCGCGCUGUAUCUGGAUAUCCAGAAGCAGAGAUACUUGGAGGACAUGGACGAGACGGAGGUGAGGGGUAGAUGGAAGAGCUUCGUUGGCAAAUGGAAUCGCGGAGAAUUAUCAGAAGGCUGGUAUGAUCCUACUACGCUGCAGAAAGCAGUGCAAUCCGCUGAAGGAGCCGAACUGGAACGGCGAGAAGAGGAACGCCUGAAUCCUAAAGCAACGGCUGCAGAGGGGAGAAUAGCCAGUCCGUCUCCGAAAAAAAUCGGUCCGGAGGACAGCGAUAGUGAUGAUUCCAUUGGACCCAGCUUGCCAGGUCAAGAGAGCAGUUCUGGAGGACGAAAGAAGGGACCGAGUAUUCCCAACAUGCAUGACUUGGAACUCAAGAGAGAGAUGGAUGCCGAAGAUGGCCUGAAUCGGCGAGACGAUAUUCGAUAUGCUCGCAAAGUUGAUCGAAAAGAACAAAAGGCUGCCUUAGAUGAACUCCUUCCCCGCGCCGAAGCAGGAACACGAGAGCGGCAACUGGAGAAGAAGAAAGAAGUCAAUGAAAAGAUGAAGUCUUUCAGAGAGAAGUCUCCGGGCGCAGCGGAGGUCCCAGACAGGGAGCUGAUGGGUGGCGGGGAUGGCAUUGAGAGUUACAAACAGGAAAAAGAGAAAUUUGAGAGAAAGAAGAAUGAGAGGGAGCUGAGGAAGGAGGAGAUGUUGAGGGCGAGGAUGGCGGAGAGAGAAGAGAGAUUGCAGGAGUAUAGGACGAAGGAAGAGGGGACCAUGGCUAUGCUCAAGGCUUUAGCGAAGCAGAAUUUUGGCUAA